ACAAUUUCCUGAUAAGACUUGUCCGCGGAUCAACGUAUUUACCAGUCCCCCACUUUCUUGUUUUUAAUACCAUUUAAAAACAUAUCGCGCGUUGUACCCGGCAGAAACCCGCGAUUUGUCGUCAGUAGCCAGCUAGUGGUAAAAAUGGUACAAGAAGACGACCGAUUCGUGAUCCAUGGCCCACCACCCCUCCAACCCUUGCCACGACUCUCCCUCGGGAAACUGGUGUACGACAGCCUGCUCGCAAACAUAAAAAAAGGCGACGCUUUCGUGGAUGCGGCCAGUGGCGAAACCAUUUCGUAUCUCGAUCUUUUGAAAAAAUCGUGUUUUUUGGCAGAGAGCCUCCUAAAAAGUGGAUACGGCCGCGAUACGAUCGUCUCAAUCAGCAGCGAGAAUAACGUCCAGUUUUACAUCCCGGUCAUUGCGUGUCUUUACAUCGGGGCUGUGGUGGCCCCCAUCAACCACAACUACACCGAAUACGAGACCACGCACUCUCUGAAUAUUUGCAAACCUCGAAUUGUUUUUUGCUCGAAAGCGGUGGCGCAAAAAUUCGUCCAACUUAAAAAUCGGUUAGGUUUCACCGAAAAAAUUGUAAUAAUUGACGAUGAUUUCUGCGAUAUCUACGGGACCGAGACUUUGGCCCACUUCAUCGAAACGGGGUUGAGGGGCUUCGCCCCUCUGUGCCGUUUCCCGGGGGUUGAUUUCGAUCCAGACAAACAAAUCGCCUUCAUUAUGUGUUCGUCUGGAACCACGGGCCUUCCGAAAGGCGUCAUGCAAACGCACACCAACCUAAUGGUCCGAUACAUGCACACAAUAGACCCAAGAUAUGUGCAAAAGGCGGACACUUUCCUCGGAAUUUUGCCGUUUUUCCACGGCUUUGGUCUCGUGACGAAUUUUUUCGCCCUAGUCCAGGGCGAAAAAAUCGUCGUUAUUAAACGGUUCGAAGAGAAAUUGUUCCUGAAGGCCGUCCAAGACUACAAAAUCCCGAGUUUGUGGCUUGCGCCCCCUUUGGUCGUCUUACUAGCCAAGAGCCCCCUUGUCGACCAGUACGACCUGUCUUGCAUUAGGGAAGUGACAAGUGGGGCGGCCCCCCUUAGCAAGGAAACCGAAGAACUGGUCAUGAAACGAUUGAAGAUAAAGGGGAUACGACAGGGUUAUGGCCUUACUGAGGCCACUCUGGGCGUUAUCAUGAUGAGUGUCGGGGACAUCAAGCACGGAUCUUCCGGAAAAGUCGCCACGUACAUGAAAUGCAAAAUCCGGGACCCGGAAACCGGAAAAUCGCUCGGGCCCGGAAAAGUAGGCGAGUUAUGUUUCAAAGGACCCAUGGUGAUGCCUGGCUAUUACAACAACGAGGAGGCUACCAGGAAUUCGUUUACCAGCGAUGGGUGGCUUCUGACCGGAGAUUUGGGUUAUUAUGACCAAGACGAGUAUUUUUAUAUCGUCGAUCGGUUGAAAGAAUUGAUCAAGUACAAGGGUUUUCAGGUGGCGCCAGCUGAACUCGAAGCUGUGAUUUUGAGUCAUCCGAAGGUGCAAGAUGUGGGCGUUGUGGGACUCCCUGAUGAAAGUUCCGGGGAAUUACCGGUGGCUUUCGUCGUCAAAAAGCCGGGGGCGAAUUUGACUGAGAAGGAAAUCAUCGAUUUUGUUGCCGGAAAAGUCUCAUCGCAGAAGCGCCUUCGAGGAGGAGUUAUUUUCGUGCCUGCGAUCCCCAAGAACCCCUCCGGCAAGAUAUUGCGCCGCGAACUGAGAAAAAUGCUGUCUGAAUUCAAAUCAAAAUUGCAUUAUUUGCAAAUUUUAUUUCCACACCUCCACCUAAGCCAGUUAGUGACAAUGCUCGAAGACGACAAAUACGUAAUUAGUGGUCCACCACCACUCCAGCCCUUGUUGAAAAUCUCCCUCGGAAAGCUGGUGUACGACAGCCUUUUGGCCAAUUUUCACAAAGGCGAGGCCUUGGUCGAUGUUUCAACAGGCGAGUCAAUUUCAUACAGGGAAAUUUUCCAAAAAUCGUGUUCCUUGGCCGAAACUCUCCGCAGGCUUGGUUAUGGCCAAAACACAGUAGUGGCAAUCAGUAGCGAAAAUAAUUUACAGUUUUAUAUUCCAAUUAUUUCGUGUUUUUUCAUUGGCGCCAUUGUGGCCCCGAUUAACCAAAACUAUACCGAAAGUGAAACAAUUCAUUCGUUGAAAAUUUGUGAACCAAAAAUAAUUUUUUGCUCGAAAGCCGUUUCGCACAAAUAUAUUCAGAUCAAACGCAAGUUCAAGUUCAGCGAGACGAUUGUCAUAAUCGACGACCAAAUUGGUGUAAAAGGGGCCGAAACUUUGGAUAAUUUUACCAAAAAAAUUAAUUCGGUUGGGUUCAAAUUAAUCGAGUUUGAUCCCGAGAGCCAAGUUGCGUUCAUUAUGUGCUCUUCUGGAACCACGGGACUCCCCAAAGGCGUGAUGAUCACGCAUACCAACGUUAUGGUCCGCUACAUGCACACCAUUGAUCCACGCUAUGUCACUAAAAGUGACAAUUUCCUCGCCCUUUUGCCCCAGUUUCACUGUUACGGCUUGCUAUCGAAUUUCUUCGCCCUUGUCGAAGGCCAAAGAUUAAUUUUGAUGAAAAAAUUCGACGAAGAAAUUUUUCUCCAAACAAUCCAAAAUUACCAAAUCUCUUCGUUGUUUCUCGUCUCGCCGCUCAUUGUCCUCCUGGCCAAAAGCCCCCUGGUUGGCAAAUACGACCUGUCUUGCGUCAAAGACAUAGUCGGGGGCGCCGCCCCCCUUAGCAAAGAAACGGAAGAAGCGGUUAUCAAACGGUUAAAAAUCCCGUCAAUCAGGCAGGGUUACGGUUUAACCGAAGCCACGCUUUGUGUCCUGAUGAUGAACGUUGGGGAUUCGAAACCGGGCUCGUGUGGCAAAGUCGUUUCGUACGUGACUUGCAAGGUCCGGGACCCGAAAACCGGAAAAUCGCUGGGGUCCGGAAAAGUCGGAGAGUUGUGUUUCAAAGGGCCUUUGCUAAUGCCUGGCUACUACAAGAAUGAGGAAGCGACCAGGAAUUCGUUUACCAGCGAUGGGUGGCUUUUGACGGGAGAUUUGGGUUAUUAUGACCGAGACGAGUAUUUCUAUAUCGUCGAUCGAUUGAAAGAAUUGGUCAAGUACAAGGGUUUUCAGGUGGCGCCAGCUGAACUCGAAGCUGUGAUUUUGAGUCAUCCGAAGGUGCAAGAUGUGGGCGUUGUGGGACUCCCUGAUGAAAGUUCCGGGGAAUUACCGGUGGCUUUUGUCGUCAAAAAGCCGGGGGCGAAAUUGACUGAGCAGGAGAUUAUUAAUUUUGCUGCAGGAAAGGUUUCAUCCCAGAAGCGGCUUCGAGGUGGCGUUAUCUUCGUCCCCAGCAUCCCCAAAAAUCCCUCUGGCAAGAUUUUGCGCCGCGAAUUGAGAAACACUUUAAUUAAUCGUCGCCCAAAACUAUGAUUUUUUUCUGGUUCUGAUUAAAAAGUGUAUGUUGUAAUUUACUCAAUAAAUAAACAAAUUGGGUCAAA